UGUGGUGCGAGGAGCUUAAAAGUGGAAAAUAUUCAAUCAUUUAUUAUACUGCUAAGAUUCAGAUCAGUGCGGUAUUAUCAAGACUGUGCCGGACAGUGUCAUCGAUGAUGUUUGGAAUUUUGGUUAAGACAAUUUUGCUUUUAGCAAUAUCAAAAUUAUCUCACGGCAGCAUUCGUUGUGACAGUCUGAAGAAACGACUAUGCAGAGCUCAAUUUGUUUUCAAAUUUCAAGUGGUAUCUAGAGCAAAAAAAGUAUGCGCUAGUCCAACCUUGAAGGCAAUUGUACCUUCAACCAACACUCCCCUGAAACGUGCAGCAACAACAGGAACGACACAAACCCUGGCAACAACAACAUCACCGAUGAGACAACUUGUUCAAAACACAUUGGCAACUGCCUACGCCCAGAAUCCUCAGAAAGGCUGCAAGCAAGUUCUACAUCAAACUAUUUUCAUUCCGGAGGACACUGUCCUUAGAGGCUUGGAUAUCUUGAAAAAGAUCAUCAGUGUGAAAAAAUUAAAGAUAAAGAAACUUUAUUCAAGCUUUAUUAGAUUAGAUCUAAAUUUUCAAGAUGAAUUGCAGCAAGGAGAUUUCUUAUUUAUUGGACGCCCAGUGGGAAAAAUUAAAGAUCAAUUAUUCUUGAGUAAUCCUACCACCGUGGUUCCAUGGAGCAAAUCACUCCAAAAGAAUCUACAAAAUUUUGAUUUUGUCAAAGAUUGUCAAAAGAAAACUCGUCUCUCUCGUGGUAUAUUUUGUCCAAUAUUCUAGCUUCAAAUCAUCAUGUACAAUUCCACAGAAAACUGGUUUAAACUAAUUAUAAACAAUAAUGAACAGCAUUACGCACGCUAAAAAAGUGUGUCAUUAACAUUUCAACAUCAAAGAUACAAACGUGACGCAAUGAAAAAUGAGAUUAUACCGCAUGUGAUAUUUCAUGAGAUUAUUGAUUCUUAGAACGUCUUUGGUUAACCAAUGACGUGAACUUAUGGGGCCAGUUGGCAGUUGUUCAAAGCUAUAAGUUAGCGCUAACCCUGGGUUAAAUGUUAAACCGGUUUUAGUUUAU